GUUAAAAAUUAUUAAAAUGACAUUAAGUUUAUUGAAAUGUUCACUUGUCAAUCAUGGAUUAUUGGAAUUAAAGAAAUCAUCGGCUUUUUUAACAUUAAGGCUGUCAUUGUAUACAUCGGUAGUUUCUAAAGGCAAUAAAAAGAAUAUUUUUGAGAUGUUACGAUGUCAUUUGUAAUAUAACAAUUGAACACGUCUGACAUUUAAUCGGAUUAAUCAUCCCUAACCGAAAACGAAAACAGGAACUUUUUCAAUGAAAAUAGAGAUUGUGGAAUGAAUUUUAUGAAACUAGAUGGAGUCAAGUGGUGAAUUUCGAAUUGAAAGGGAUACUUUUGGCGAACUAAAGGUACCUGCUGACAAAUAUUAUGGAGCACAAACAAUGCGGUCAAAAAUGAACUUUCCAAUUGGUGAUAGUUUUGAACGAAUGCCUUAUGGGGUUAUUGUCGCAAUGGGUAUAUUAAAGAAAGCUGCUGCACUAGUAAAUAAAGAAUAUGGGAUGGAUGCAAAAAUAGCAGAUGCUAUUAGUAAAGCUGCAGAUGAUGUUAUAUGUGGAGACCUUUAUAAUGAUCAUUUUCCACUGGUAAUUUGGCAAACAGGUUCUGGUACACAAAGCAAUAUGAACACCAAUGAGGUAAUUUCAAAUCGUGCAAUUGAAUUACUUGGUGGUAAACUUGGAUCAAAGGAUCCUGUCCAUCCAAAUGAUCAUGUAAAUAAAUCUCAAAGUAGCAAUGAUACAUUUCCUACUGCUAUGCAUAUAGCAGUUGCUUUGGAAAUUAACAGGGUAUUACUUCCUGGUUUGGAAAAAUUACAUGCAGCAUUAGAAGAAAAGGCUAAUGCAUGGAAAGAUAUUAUAAAAAUUGGUAGAACUCAUACUCAAGAUGCUGUGCCCUUAACACUAGGACAAGAAUUUUCAGGUUAUGCAGCACAAGUUUGUAAUGGCAUUAAAAGGGUAAAAGAUACUCUUCCAAGAUUAUAUGAGUUAGCACUUGGUGGUACUGCAGUAGGAACAGGAUUAAAUGCACCAAAAGGUUUUGCGGAAAAAUCAGCAGCAAAGAUUGCAGAAAUUACUGGAUUACCAUUUGUAACUGCUCCUAAUAAAUUUGAAGCUUUAGCGACUAAAGAUACUAUGGUAGAAGUGCAUGGUGCGCUGAAUACAGUAGCAGUUUCGCUUAUGAAGAUAGCUAAUGAUAUUCGAUUUUUGGGAAGUGGACCUCGUUGCGGUUUAGGGGAAUUAUCUCUUCCUGAAAAUGAGCCAGGAAGUUCUAUUAUGCCUGGUAAAGUUAAUCCAACACAAUGCGAAGCAAUGACUAUGGUUUGUUGUCAAGUCAUGGGUAAUCAAGUUGCUGUGUCUAUUGGUGGAAGUAAUGGCCAUUUUGAGCUUAAUGUAUUUAAACCUAUGAUAGUUGCAAAUACAUUAAGAUCUGCAAGACUAUUAGGCGAUGCCUGUGCCUCAUUUACAAAGAACUGCGUCGUCGGUAUUAAACCGAAUGUAGAUCGUAUCAGUAAACUUUUGAAUGAAAGUCUAAUGCUUGUUACUGCUUUAAAUCCACAUAUUGGUUAUGAUAAGGCUGCUAAAAUUGCCAAGCAAGCCCAUGCAGAAAAUCUCACGUUAAAAGAAUCAGCAUUGAAGAAUGGCAUAACUGCAGAACAAUUUGAUCAAUGGGUGAAGCCGGAAAAUAUGAUUGGUCCCAAAUAAAUUUUAGCACACAGAAAGAAGUUAAGAAUAAAAAUUUUUUAAUUGUAAGCUAUUGAAUAAAUUUUUUGCUUAUGUGUUGUAAA